GGAGUAAACGUGUCAGAUAAAAUCCUCUGAACUGUUCCAUGAAAAUGGAGCCGGUUUAUGUGCUGGCCUUGUGUGUGCUGGUGUCACUAUGUUCUGCCACCAGCCCCCCUCCGCCACCCAAGCUAACCCCACUAAACUGCAAUGAAACCCAGCUACAGACAGAGAUAGCAGCGGACUUGAUAAAUGAGCGCCGGGAUGAGGGAUUUGUGCUAAGGCCAUUCCGAAUUAAUUCUGCUUAUCAGCGAGAGUCAUCAAAAAUUCCUGACGGCAACAUCUACUACAUAGACUUUUCAGUCAUUGAAACAGAUUGCUCUGUUGUGAGUGGGAAGACAUGGAAAGAGUGUAGCAUCGAUAUCCCUUUCCAUGAACAGGCAAUUGGUGACUGCAAAGCUAUUAUUGCAAUAUCCAGGCCAUGGAGAAUACUGAAACUGUUGAAGUACGACUGUACCGUCACUCCAGUUCCUUCCAGUACAAUUCACAGGUUAUGUCCAGACUGCCCUACAGUGAUAACUGAUAUCACAGCUGAAAUUAAAGCAAAGGCUGAUCGCUUGGUUGAAAAAUUCAACAAAGAAAGUAACGAGACCAGUCAUUUUAAAGUGGACCAUAUAGACAGAGUGAGAUCACAGUGGGUGGUCGGACCAUCCUACUUCUUCUAUUUCACUAUUAAAGAAACAGGUUGCUCAAAAGCUCAGGCUGAUGUCAUCCUAGAGAACUGCAAUGACCUAAGAGACAAUGAAACACAUGUUGGUUUCUGCAAAGGAAGCAUUUACACUUCUACAUUAGAGAAUGUUGAAACGCUAGAGGUCUCCUGUGAAAUCUACGAGCCAAAGGAUGAUGAUAAUGAACAUGGACACUGUGAUCAUGGAAAAGAAAGCUCAACGUCCGAACAAGGAAAAGAAAAGCCUGAUGGCAAAAGACCGGGCAAGGCAGGACGAGAUAAUUAUGCACCUGGUGUGCGUGGUCCAGAAUUCAGAGGUCAUAAACAUCACCGCUGCCACCCUCACCAUCAUAAACAUGACCAUCGUCAUCAUUCUCACCAUCAUCACCAUCAUCACCAUGACCUGAACCAAACUCACCACCAUGACCAUUCACACGAUCAUCACAAACAUCAUGGACAUCACAACCAUACCGCAGCUGAAGGACAUGGCUCAUCAUCUGAAGAACAGAGUGAUAAGAGAUCAUUUGUCAAAAAAUCAAAGGGAAGCAGUCGUUAUUACUACAAUACUGAUGAUUCCCAAAUUGCGCCAUCCCCAGGUGUCCCACGCCCACCUCAUGGACGAGGACCUCAUAGGAAAUCAAUACGUGACAAGUUUGAUUUUCCAAAAGAAGUUUCACCACUGCAAACAUGUCCUGGUCAACCGCUGGUAGACCUACCACAAGUUCUGAAGGAUAUUCUCACUGUAUAGAGUACAGUGCACUAAAAAAAGGUCUAAAAAGUAAAAUCAAGGACAUAUGUUAAAUAGUAAAUAAACAUUUCUGAAAUAUAAA